GCUGGAAAGCCCCGUCGCCUUUAGGGGUUUUCGACUGGAGGAAGGCUCUGCAUCUCAGUAUGCAACAAGUGCAUCAGUGCCUGCGCAACACGAAGCCCAGCGGCGGCAGCCAGACCCUGAUCGUCCCAUCAGGGUCCCAGGUCACUGGCGCCUCUCCCUACAGCUCUGGCGGCUCUGGCGCCUACGGGGCAAUGUGGUCACCUACGGCAGCGCCAUGGGUGUCGUGGUGCCGCCCCAUGGCGACAUGCCAUGUUCAUCCUGUCCUCAGCACGGCAGACCGUUGAGCCGCAUCCCGGCCCGAUGUCAAAGGAAUGUGGUGAUGUUCAACACUGCCAUCACCUUGUCUCAAGGAUGGAGCCUGGCACUGCUGGUCACGCACUCCAUGCGCCACUGGGCUGGCAUGGGAGGAACGCAGGCUUGCUCCAACGAAAGCAUGGCCAAAUUGGCAGAUGAUCAAGAUUCAGUAAGUUGGAUGACCUUCAGCGAGUCCGGCUGGUAUCUGGCUGAAGCUGUCGGUGUCAGCCUUGGUGAGCUGCAAACAAGGCCCGACCUGCUGAGCUUCAACUCGCUGAUUCACGCGGCAGCGGACAGCGCUGCCUGGCCGCUGGCCUUGCAGGUGCUCCAGUGCGCUGGGGCGCUGGGGCAGCGGCUGAGUGUGGUGAGUCACAACAGCGCCAUCCAUGCGACAUCAGGACCCUGGCGAUGGGCACACCAUCUGCUGGCCAAGCUGGCAAAGAUUCCUGGUAUCGAAGCAGAUCUCAUCAGUUGCAACUCGCUGCUGGGAGGGUGCCCCUGGGACAUGGCCUUGCACGAUUUGGGGAUGAUGUCAAGCUGUUUCAACCUGCAGCCCAGCAUCAUGAGUCACAACAAAUGCCUGGAAGCUGAAGCCCGGGACUCCCAGUGGCAGCGUGCGUUUCCAGCUGGCCGAUUUCGAGGUUCCGCAGAACCCUUGGCCAACGUGGUAACGUGGAACAGUUCGGUGUCUGCCUGUGAGACUGGCACCCAGUGGUUGACUGCCGCAUUUCUGCUGCUUUGCAUGCGGCUUCAGCGGUGCAAUCCGGAACUGGAAAGCAUCAGCAUGGGCAUCAGCGCAUGUCGUGAAGCUGGGCAUUGGGAAGUUGCAAUGGCGCUACUUCAUUCAGUGACAGCUGAUGUGGUCGCCUUCAACAGCAACAUCAGCACCUUUGAGGUCUUGGGGAACUGGACAUGCUCCCUGCAGAUGCUGGAGCAGAUGCCUCAUCGGAACCUAGUCCCUGACGUCAUCACUUUCAACGCCUCCAUUGCCUCGUUGCCUUGGCCAUCUUGGCCCUGGGCCGUUCAGUUGAUCCAGCAGAUGCGGUUUCCAAGGCCGGGAAGAGCACCGCCGAAGCCCAACCUGGUGUCAUACAACACCGCACUCAACGCGUGUGCGCAGGGGCAGGCGCCCUUUAGCAUCCUCCUUACCCUCUUCGCCGCAAGCCGUGCCGAAGGCGGUCCCGACAGUUUCAGCUACAACAGCGUCGUCGAACGCUGUGACGCAUGGCACUCAGCUCUGGACGUCGUUGCGGAGAUGUCGCAAAACCUGGUUCGACCCAGCCUGGUGUGUCAACAAACUUUACUUCGAAAGUGCAGCUGGGCCCGCCAGUGGUCCAGCGCCAUCGCGGGCCUGGCAUCGAAUUGGGCCUCCGUUUCCUGGGGACUUGCCGUGGAAGCGUGCGAGAAGUGCAGCAAGCCCUUCCUUUGGCGAUGAGGCCAGCAACGACUUGUGCCUGGAAAGAUCCUGGAAGAUCCAGGAUGUGAGUUUCGGAGACAUCAAACAACACUAUGCUCAGAUUGUUUUCUUCCACUGCUUACCACUCUUUCCCCCCUGAAAAUGGGGAAAGAGUGGUAAGCAGUGAAAGAAAGGAAGCCUGAGCAUAGUGUUGUUUCAUCUGGAUAAAGCUUGAAUUUAAGAAUCCCAAUCUGCAGGUUUUUGAGGCACCCGCCAUCAGGUGUUGGACGGUUUUGGAAGCCUCGACCCAGAGACUUUCCAAUUUUUGCAUCUGAAAAAGAUUG